GUUUCUGGAUUUCUCAUAAAGGAAACUGCUCCAUGUGUUGGGAGUUGGAGUCUCCACAGGAGAAGGAAAGUGUGGGGCUUCCUGUUAACACCAUCUUGCUGACGUCACCACCUUCUCAUUGCAUCUUGAUAGUGUUUGCCCUUCUCUAUAUUGGGAAACUGUGGGGAGUUAGGGACCCUGCCAUCACUGUAUGCUCAGAUUUUAACACAAGCAGGUGACUAGAAUGCAAACCAUAUUGUGAGAAUUUGAAGGGAAUGCAAGGGAAGAAGAAAAUAUUUCCAUUGGAGACUUUCUGGGAAGGCACUGGUUAAGAACAUGUUUGCAGUCAGAGUUGGGUUCCAACCCUCAGGAAUUAUUCUUAAUAUUUGGGUGAUCUUGAUGCUUGCUCUGUCAAGGCGCCACCUAAUGUCUCCUUCACUCAGCAUGACAUCAUGCAGACGCUGCUACAGAGGUGACAGCCCGGCAGAUUCCCAGAAGGAUAUGAUUGAAAUCCCUUUGCCUCCGUGGCAGGAGCGAACUGAUGAAUCCAUAGAAACCAAACGAGCCCGGCUGCUCUAUGAGAGCAGAAAGAGGGGAAUGCUGGAAAACUGCAUCCUGCUUAGCCUCUUCGCUAAGGAACAUCUGCAACACAUGACAGAGAAACAGCUGAACCUCUACGAUCGCCUGAUUAAUGAACCCAGUAACGACUGGGAUAUUUACUACUGGGCUACAGAAGCAAAACCAGCCCCAGAAAUAUUUGAAAACGAAGUCAUGACUCUGCUGAGAGACUUUGCUAAGAACAAAAACAAAGAGCAGCGACUGCGGGCCCCGGAUCUUGAAUACCUCUUUGAAAAGCCACAUUGAGCUACGUGCUGCCAUCUGCCUGGCCUCGGGGGCUCCACGGAUGCUCAUUGCCUGUGAUGGUUACUGGCCUUGAUGUCCUACUUCUCCUUAGAUGCUCAGCCCACCCAGACCUCUGGUCCUGCCUGCAAUGAUGGACCCACCUCUCUCCAAGGACAUGUAUAUGUUCAGUGUGCCUUGUGCUAAGACCCUUUGGCUCCCAUCUAAGCCUCAGAAGCAGUUUGUCCAUGUUACUGUCGCUCGGUCCUGACUCACUCUCUGGCUCCAUAGGAGGAAGCAUGGUGCCGGCUCGCUGCUUCAACCAGAAGUGUGCUCAGUGUGAAGAGGCAGCCAGCUGCCUGUGCUGUGUGGAAAGCUCCCCGGGUGAGCCAGGGCUUUGUCCCUGUGAAAUUCCCCCUUCCAGCCUGGGUUGGUUCUUUCUGCCAGGGGAAGCUGGUCCAAGCCCCCUGAGUGGAACCCUUCAAAGGCCCCACAGGCAGAAUGAGGGCAGUGGGCAGGAAUGGUGUGGGCGUGCUGCUUAAGAGUCAGCAUCCUCAGCAGAUUUUCUCUAGAAUGCUCAUUUUAUAAACUGAACGAUAAUUGUGUAUAUUAAAGAAUAUUUUAAAAAGGAAAA